UGGUGGUGGCGGCGGCUGUUGUUGCGUUGUUCCCACGAGAAACGCAUCCUGUGAGGGGGAGAAAGUGGCAACAGGAAAAAAAACCCCAAACAAAACCGAGCCUUUCCCUCUAAAACUAGAAACAAAACUCCCUCAAAGCUGGCUGAGGAGAGAGAGAGAGAGAGCAGGGAAGGGGCUGCGGGAGUGUGAUCUGAGAGAGAGGAGCAGGAGGAAGAGGAAGAGCAACAACAAGUGGACCAGGCGGCUCCCUUGACUCUGGCCCCUCGAGGAGCCAUCCCCAGCAGCACAGCCAAGGGCUCCUGAGGGCGGGAAGGAGAGGACUAGGAAGGCGAGGAGGAGGACCGCCACAAGGCAGCGCUUGCUCCGAGGAGGAGGAGGAGGAGGAGGCUCUUCUUCUGUCGGUACUAGCAACAGUCGGCCUCCUCCUCCUCCUCCUCCUCGGUGCACGCCAGGGAUUAUUUGGAAGCCCAGCAGCAGGAGGGGGCUUUGCAACCUUUGCUCCAAGCUUGAAAGGCUGCGAUUGCAAAAAGACUCGCCUGGCAUCAGAAGGCGCCCCCGAGGAGCCUCACCUCGCCGGCCAAAUCCCCUCCUCCCUCACUCCUUCUUCCCUUCCUUCCAUUUUUCUCCGCUGCUGGAUUUGAUCCCCUCCUCCUUCCCCCCUCUUCCCUACAGCUGAAAAAGAAGCCACCUUUGGCCUGCCUUCCUGAAUCCUUCUAAAAGAAACCGGGACUGAGGUGUCUGUGUGUGUGUGUUGUGUAGUGUGUGCCGGUGCUGUUGCUUCUCACACCGAAAGGGAGCAAAAGCAACCAGUCGCCCAUCCGCCUUCCUUCUCUUCCUCUGGAGCCCUGCACCUGUGAGAACAGGUUGCUCCGGAGAAGAGAACCCUGCCUCCGCCUCCUCCUCCUCUUUCUCUCUUCUGUGUUUUGCAGAUGCUUCGACGCUGCCUUUUUCUCUGCCUCCAGCGGUUAAACCCGUCUACUGCACAAGACAAGACUAACCAAAGGGUGUUCAACUCACUUCUCUUCAUGGGGAACAAAGAGCCAGAUUUCCAUCCACCUUCUCUUCCCACAAUUGCUGUUGCCACUCUGGCCAGUGCUUGGUCCAGUUUAAGACCUUGUUGAGAGACUGGUGGAAGUGGGUGUGCUGAGACCUCCUCACUGUGUAAACAAAGUGAAAAACUGGAAGUUCCUUCAACUUUCUAAAGAAAUUCAUCAACAGUCUCAUUGCUAAGCUAUUGUGAGAAUAUUGGCUGUUUUGUACUUGAUUAUGCUGAGAACUCAAGACCUUUUUAUGUGUGUGUGAGAAAACAGUUGCCCAUCUUCCUUCGCUUAGGUGUACCCUUUGUGUGAUGUCAAGCAUUCAAAAUCAUGAACUCAGAGCUAUGGAUUUUUCAUAAAGCACUGAAGAAAAGCCUAAGCAAUGGGAUUUCACAUAUAAAAGGACUCUAUCCAGAUAUAUUUCCUGGCUACAUCAGAAGAUUCUGUACUGCAUCUUGCACACAUAUCCUUGAGGAAUUUUGUGUCAAAACCGCCUGGACACUGAGAAAUGGAACUCUUGCCUCUGAGAAAUCUAGAGUGUUUGCUGCUAGCAUGAAGCUAUGCUUCUUCCCAAAAGAUGGCUUUCCAAACUUCAGUGGUAUUACCAUUCUCAUGCAUAGCACCCAGUGAUGAUGACUGAGAAAACAGACAUUUUCCUUCCUUCUUGAGUCUUCUAAAAUAAACAAAUACAACAUGGAGGUUGCAAUGGUAAGCGCAGAUAGUUCGGGGUGCAAUAGCCACAUGCCUUAUGGAUAUGCAGCCCAAGCAAGAGCCAGAGAAAGAGAGCGACUAGCACAGUCUAGGGCAGCGGCGGCGGCUGCUGUAGCGGCUGCAACUGCGGCAGUAGAAACGGGUACUGGAGGAGGAGGGGGAGGAGGACCCCAUCAUCACUAUCACCAGGAACAGAGUCGUGGUGCUUCCUCAUCUUCCUGUGGCAGCAAUGCAUCUCGCAGUGGCUAUCAUCAAAGUGGCAGAAGAAGAAAACAACGGAGGAAAAAGACUCACUGUCUUGGUGGCAGGGAGUUUGGUUCAUCUUUCCCUUGCUCUGAAUUGCUGCCCCUCAGUGGCUCUGAGGAAAAGAUCCUCAAGGACUUGAGUGAAGAGGAUGAGGAGGAAGAGGAGGAGGAAGAUGAGGGAGAAGAUGAAGAGGAUGAGGAGCGGAAGUUCUACUACAGUGAUGAAGAUGGUGAAGAUGAGCUUUCAUUUACACACCACCCUCCUGAAGAUGGUGCUGGACCUGGAGGCUACACUUCAGUCCGCUACAGUGAGUAUGAGUGCUGUGAACGGAUUGUCAUCAAUGUGUCUGGCUUGAGGUUUGAAACUCAGAUGAAGACCUUGGCUCAGUUCCCUGAGACACUGCUGGGUGAUCCGGCAAAGCGGGGCAGGUACUUUGACCCACUCCGGAAUGAGUAUUUCUUUGACAGGAACCGUCCCAGCUUUGAUGCAAUUUUAUACUACUAUCAGUCUGGCGGGCGUCUGAAAAGGCCAGUCAAUGUGCCCUUUGACAUUUUCAGUGAGGAAGUGAAAUUCUACGAACUUGGGGAGGAGGCCAUGCUCAAGUUCAGAGAAGAUGAAGGGUUUGUCAAAGAAGAAGAUGACAAGGUGUUGCCUGACAAUGAAUUCAAGAAACAGGUGUGGCUUCUCUUUGAGUACCCUGAGAGUUCUAGCCCAGCCCGAAUUAUUGCCAUAGUCUCGGUUUUAGUAAUUUUGAUUUCCAUUGUCAUUUUCUGUCUUGAGACACUGCCAGAGUUCAGAGAUGAGAAGGAACUCAUUUUGACCCAGAACUUGGAGAAUGUUAAUGAGACCCUACUGCAAGGUGGGGGUUACACCAUCUUUAAUGAUCCCUUUUUCAUUAUUGAGACCGUCUGCAUCAUUUGGUUCUCCUUUGAGUUUACAGUGCGCUUCUUUGCCUGCCCCAGCAAAGCAGUUUUCUUCAAGAACAUCAUGAACAUCAUAGACAUUGUUUCCAUUUUGCCUUACUUCAUCACCCUGGGCACAGACUUGGCCCAGCAGCAGGGCAGUAAUGGUCAACAGGCCAUGUCUUUUGCCAUCCUGAGAAUCAUCCGUCUCGUCAGGGUGUUUCGUAUCUUCAAGCUCUCCAGACAUUCAAAGGGUUUGCAAAUCCUGGGUCACACUCUCAGGGCCAGCAUGAGGGAACUGGGGCUCCUAAUUUUCUUCUUGUUUAUUGGAGUCAUUUUGUUUUCCAGUGCCGUUUAUUUUGCGGAAGCUGAUGAAGCUGCCACCCAUUUUCAAAGCAUCCCAGAUGCCUUUUGGUGGGCUGUUGUGACCAUGACUACGGUUGGUUAUGGGGACAUGAAACCUAUAACUGUGGGUGGGAAAAUAGUUGGGUCCCUGUGUGCCAUUGCAGGUGUGUUGACCAUUGCUUUACCAGUGCCAGUGAUUGUUUCCAACUUUAACUAUUUUUACCACAGAGAAACUGAGAAUGAGGAACAGACACAGCUGACACAAAAUGCAGUCAGUUGUCCAUACCUCCCAACUAUACUCAAGAAAUUCCGAAGUUCAUCAUCUUCUUCCGCAGAGGACAAAUCAGAAUAUUUGGAGAUGGAGGAAGGGUUUAAAGAGUCUCUCUGUGUGAAGGAAAAAAAGUGUCAGGUCACAGGAAAUGGGAACGAGACAGCAAAACAAAACUGUGUAAAUGCAAAGUCUGUGGAAACGGAUGUUUAAUUUUUGACUGUUUCCAAAACUAUUUAUGCAUUAAAGAGUGCAUUGGUUAAAAAAAAUGAAAUAUGCAAAAUGGAGUCCAAACGAGCAUAUAGAAACAUGCCAUUUGCUGGUUAAACAUGAAUGACAAAGCAUUAGUAAACUUGUAUUACAUAUCAAGUAAAUGAUAUACCUUGUGAAGGGGGCUUUACCUGAAGUAGUUUCAAAGUUUAUAUUUUUACUAGAAUGCAGGUGUUUUGCACAUAAGGGAGAUAAUUUUACUUUUAAGGAGGGUGUGUUUAAAUUACCCACCUCAGUCACUGCCCACUGGUAAAAGUUAGCAUUUCAAGGUAUUUACUAUGUAAGAAACAAUGAAGUUCAGUAGCCAUGUAUUCAUUUGUUAAUGCUUUAAAACAGCUACCAUAAUUCAGUGGAUUCCAUAGUCUUUGAUUUCAAAAUGCUAAGGAUUAUUGUGGGAAACUUUAUGGAAAGUCCAAAUUUAAUCUUAAAAUGCUUAAAUAUUUUUUAAACAAAUGGAUGUUCAAUUGUUGAAGAUGCUACCGAGCCCCCAGAAAUGGUUUAUUUUUGUAACAGUCUUUUUUGAAGAUCUUGCAGCAUUUGUUAAGUAAUAUAUGGAAGAAAUGAAGUAAGAAAAUAAUUUCACAUGGUCUGGAUGCAGUGGAAAAGUGACUGGAUUGCUUUUUUGCACUACUUUAUAUGCUGGAGAAUUUUGACAGAGACUUCAUACUGUGAAUGUUUACUAAUGUUCAAUGACAAUCAUUGGAAGAGUGAAUCCCACAUCUUUAUUUUCAUGUAUUUAUUCUUUGCGCAAUGCUGAUUGGCUAAGCAAAUAACUUUACAUGAAUUCCAUAGUCUUUUAAUUAUGAAUAUCUGUUAUCUGGAAAAAAAAAAGAUUGUAAAGUAAAAUUUUAUAAUCAUUUCCCCUCCUAAAUCAAUCUUUUUCAAAUCAUCAAUUGAAGACAAAAAAGAUGUACAAGCUAACUCAUUUGCUUUCUUAAUGGAUAGAUUUUUUUUCCUAACUAGGGGCUGUGUGUGUGUGUGUGUGUGUGUGUGUGUGUGUGGAUUGGAGUAAGAGGGGAUGGUGAUCAGAUAUAGUAAUAGCCAUAGAUAGUGUAAGGUUAGCCAGCAAAGAAAAGAUUUUCAAGGAUUGGGUAAUUAGUUUGUAAUGCACUAUAUUUUCUUUCAUACCUAACAUUCAGACUCCAUGAAUAUGUAGGCACUUCAACACUAGUUAAAUAGUUCUGUGUACUGGAUGAGGAUGAAAUAGUAAUACACUGUUGAAAGGAUAUGGAUUAGCCAUAUUUACUUUACAAAUGUGCUGCUGUUGGGUCAGGAUUCCUCCUCUAUCCACAGUCUAUUAGGCUAAAAAGUGUGCAUUUGUGAAAUGCAAAUGGUUGAAACUAAAGUAUUUUUUAAAAUGAUGGCAUAUGUAUUCAUCCAGUCUGACCUUUGGGCCAAGGCUGCAACCCAUUAAUCCUCAAAUUUCUCUUGUAGACCAUGAAAGCUCCAGAGUGAGUGAUGCUUUGCAUUCUAGAACUGCACGUGUGAUAAGAUUCUUCAAAAUUUUGGACAAGAUCUUACUUGAGGAAGAUGGAUUGCAUCUUUAUGUUCAUCGGGUUUUACUGCAGUUGUAGUUCAGUGCCUCAUUAGUGAAUUGCAACAUUGUAUACAAGUGUGCAAGAGCAUCUCCCUGCACAGUUUGCAGUGUGCAUAGUGUGUGAUGUGCAUGCAUAUACACACACAUUGUCCAUCCAUGUGCAAUAGCAUCACAUGCACAACUCCAACUCCAGAAUCUUGAACUGAAUAUGGCACUUUUGCAUCAAACAAAAAUAUCCAACCACUUCUGUAGGAGAACGUAGCCAAGAAGAUUCCAGCUGAUGUAUGCUUGUCCAACAAAGCAGAUGAUUAAUUUUGAAUCCAGAAUUAACAAUAUGGUCAACAUGAGUUUUGUAGAUUCCACAGAGUGAAAUCAUGAGUUAGACAGAUAAUGUUGCACUCAUUAAAGGAAUAGAGGGGCAUGAGCGUUGAAUUCUAAAAAGUGAGGUCUGCUUAAAUAUUCAUUUAAAUAGCAAUGGGUUGGGACUGUAUGGUUUAUAUUAAGGGAAUACCUGAAAAUUCUACAGCUGAAAGGAGGAGAACUUUUCCUUGGGACAGAUUUUUUUAAAAUUGCCCAAAUUUAUACUGCCAAUUUUCAGUCAGCCUUCUCAUAGUGGCUGAGUAGUGUCUGCUCUUUGAUCUUUUCUAUUGCAGAAAUAAUUAAAACCAUAGCAUUUAAUUGAUUUAUUGGACCGUAUUAAUCCCAAGGUUUUUGCAUGGCUAAAACUAUCAUUUUAGAUGUAUUUUAAGAUGAUGCCUGCCUCAAUAUUUAUAAGAAUCCUCAGCACCAGAGAUGGGGAACAGUGGCCUUUGAGCCACCUCUACCCUGAGCCAUACAAGAAUCUUUUGCAGCCAUCUAGGGGCUCUGACGCAAUUCUGCUUGCUUUAACAAUGUACUUUCUCUUUAAAACAAAUAGUAUAAGGAAUGUGAUCCCUGUUCAGGUAUCCAUAAAUGGUUCUGAAAGACUGCUGGAGGCUUCCAGAAAGCACUGUCUUACAAAUGAGACACAUACUCCCUAUCUGGCUUGUUUUAAAGGACAAAUGUUUUAUUAAAAUACUUUCCCCCACUAGCACUAUGAUUGAAGGUUACAAGCAGCCUGUGCUACAACCCACCCACCCCCAGUAGGUUAUAGGGUGACAGUGCUUCUUAGUCCCUGGCAAUUGCCUAUCCCUAUUCUAAAAGGAAGCAAUAAUCCCUCACCCUGGGCAGAACUAGCAGCAAGUUAUAAUCAAUCAUUUAAACCUCUAGAGUUAAUCAACUAAGAGCUUGUAAACUGAAUGAUAGCCCCAUAUAGUAGUAACAUUGCUAAGAGCAGCAGCAGUAGUGAGAUGGAUGGAUGUAGAGCUGAAACAAAUAUUCACAUUUUUGAAAAGUUUGAGUUCAAAAUUUGAACUUGACUUUUUAUCUGAAAUUUUGAAAAUUUGAGCAGUCUAGUUUUAUUACAUCUCUUAAGUAUUUUUGGCAAGCAUAAAUGCUGGAUGUCAUAAGCUGCAGACCAUCAAAUAUUUUCAAAUAGCAAGUACUGUUGCAUGUUGUCUAUUGAAUAAAACUGUAUCUGAUACUAGGCCCCACUUAAUGUCAGCUAACAGAUAUUGUCAAAUGCCAAAUGCCAUGGAAUGCCUGGUGUCAUAUACUAGAAAUGACUAAUUGCCACUGUAUGUCAGCUAAUGAAAUGCUAUCAAAUAUUGCAUGGCUACUAUUCCAUAUAGUCAGAUAUUAAAUGAAAUAUCUUUAGAUAUUGAAUACAGAGACUGAAAAAUCAAUGUUUGGCAAAUAUGCAAGAACUAUCAAUUUUGCGUUUUACACCAUUGGGAGGAAAUUUUGAGAUGAGAUUUUAGAAUCAACUUGGCUACAUUUUUAGUGAAAUGGAUAACAAAUAAGUAACAGAAAAUGGUCUAAUUUUUGGCUAGCUAUAUUUGGCAAUGUAUGAUCCUUCUUCUUCUGCUUGGGAAGGAAAGGGGAAAGAAAUAGAAAAUCAAAUUCUCUCCUUUUCCCUUCAGAUGAUUCCUUGUGGUUGCUGCCUGAAACAACUCCUGAGUAAUUAGUACUGAAUGUUGAAGACCUGAUGUUGUCUGGUGGUUCAGUUGAUAGAACCUCCUUCCUUGUAUAAUGUUGAGGAAUCUGUGUUAUAGACAAAAAUUUGACAUGGUGUGUAUACAUGCUUGUGCAAUAUUAAGAAGCAGCAUAGUGGGAGUUGCUGUUGUGUCUUUGUCAAGAAGUGGUGGCUUUAGAUUAGCAGUUUCCUCCUUUUUCCAUGUGGAUGAUAUAACAAGUAGCAGCUGGUGGCUUCCAUGCCAGUGAUGUAUCUGCUUUGAAUGGUAGCUACCCAAAGCUCUGCAAUUUAUUCCCAAUGUAAGUUCAGCACCCUGGAUAGUGGUUGGGACAAAAACAAGAUCAGAUUCACCACCCCAGUGACUUGGAGGAUCCACCAGCUAUUGACUGAUGUGAUCUGUAAUUGAGCUUGAGGUGUGUGCUGAUGAUAAAAUGAUGGAUUUCCCCUCAAUGUGAAAUUGUGUAUUAGAAAGAACACUAUGGCAGAGAAGAGAGCAUUUGACUGGACUCAGGUUGUUGAGAUGAGCACAGUUUACUGUCUUUUUGAAGCAGCUUUAGUGAUUAUGCUCUGGUAGAAACAGAUGAUAAGAAUUUUCAGCCAAAUCUCUUAAAGCAAGCAGGAAAGAAGGUCUUUUGUUAUUCUGAUAGCUUAUUUACUUAUACUGUUUGCAAUCUACCUUUCUUUUCAUGAACUGAGGCUAUUAUAAAUUAUCAUAUUGCAUUAUGUCCUUACAAAAACCUUGAAAAGUAGACUAGGGAUGUUGACUGGCUCAAGGUAACUCAUUAAGCUUUCUUUCUGGCUAGACACUUGCAUAGAGAAUUGUCCAUGGCCUAACUCUGAUAAGCUAUUUUACUUUGUCACAAUGGCUCCAUUUCAAACAAUUACCUGCUAAACAUAAAGUGGAGAUUAUAAUUGUGAACAUUGUUAUAUAGACGAAGAAGAUUGAGGAUAUAUAUCAACUGAUCUUUUAACAGCUUUCAAAAAUGGAUUUAUUUUUUUCAUAUUUUGUACGGAUUUACAAGAUUUAUGUGAUAGGAUAGAUCUUUUCUGGGUGGUUUUCUAACAAAGCCCAGUUAACAAUGCUAGUCAAAAAUGAGUGAUCAGUGGUUUUGCAUGGCUAGAUUGCAACUGUGCUAAAAUGUAGUAUCAUGCAAAAUUCCAUACAGUCUUCUGCCUUUUCUGUGGGUAGGCGUACAGUGCUUCUCUCACAAUUUUAGUGCUAAAUUGUGAAGUCAGAAAUGUAGAAAGUUUCACCCUGGGCUGAGAUUAAUGUAAUCCAGGAAAUGGAUAGUAACAUAAUUCUGAUAAACCAAAGAAGAGGUCAGUUCAGUAUUUAUGGGAAAUUGAGAGAGUUUACUAGUACAAUGGAUACCUUUGCAAACCAGAUCGUAGAAUUAAUGUAGAGGGAAGAUGGAACACACAUUUUGAAAUAAGUAACAUUUUGAAGAAGCAUACUUUAUAAUGCCACUGAAUUGUUGAUCAUGUUACACUUACUGUCCAGGGAUGUGGUAAUGAAUUUGUUUGUGUUUAAGGGUUAGGGUUAGAUGGCUGAUGACUUUUGCAAGUGCAGAAGAAUCUGGAGGUGGGGCUGAGCAGUGGAAAAUUAGAUGCAUAGAACUGUAGUGUAUGGCUAGGAGGAAUAUUCAUCUAUCAGUCCAACCUGGAAAAAAUCUGUUGUCAGCAAGGGUGGAUGUGUGUCAUCUGGAUUAUAGGGCAUUACAGGAGUAAGUACAAUGCUCCAUGCCAGGUACACCUGCAGGAUAAGUUCAGCAAAAUGUGAUUUGUAAUGGUAAGUUUGUAACAGAAAAUGUGCUGUAAAAUAAAAUAAUAUGCUUUUAGAAUAACAAAUACAUAAAAACCCUAGAUGUCUUUCCACCUGAAUUCAGCCUUCCCCUUCUAUUCAUAUAGGAGAUAUGAAAUCUCUCCUAAGUUUAACCAUAAUACAGAACUGAUCUGUACACCCAGAAGAAGCAUUCGUUAUACUCCUCCAGAAGCGGCACCACUUCAGAAUGCAGGUGAGAAUGCAGGUUUCUGUGAACCUUCUAUUAGCUUUAAAAAGGAGUUUAGAACUCAUCCCUUUACGCAGAUAAUUGGCAUAUCAUGGAGAAGAGGACAUAUAUUAAUUCUCUCAAACAUGUAAACUCCAUUUGGAAGGAAUGUUUAACACAGGGAAUAUCUGAAAAAGCAUUCCCUGUAUUCGCAUUCUGAAGAUGCAUUCUCCUAUGACAAUCAAUGAAUUUCAAUCUGUAGAUUAAUUGUCAGUAAUGUAGUAGAAAGCAUGGACUACAAUGGAAAAGUAUGGUAAAUUGAAGUGAUGUGAAGCAGUAUGAAAUGUGUGCCUGUAGUGUUUGCUUUGUAAUGCAGCAGGUGUUACAACCACCAGUACAAUCCUGAUCAGACCUUUGAGAGACAGAGGCCUGAACCCUGGCUUGGUGCUGCGACCAGUCAGGUUCGUGGGUACCAAACACAGGGCCUGUGCUUACAGCAUGAUAUUAAAUCAAUAUCAGAUAUAACAAUCAAUAAAACACUUAGGAAAAUUUAAAUCAAGUCUUUAAAACAAGACUUGUUUCAGCUUCUUCAGUGUUUUAUUGAUCUUACAGAUGGUUUCAUAUCUGAUAUUGCUUUAAUUUUAACAUGCUGUAAGCUACCUUGAGUUCCAUAAUUGGGGGGGAAAGGCAGGGUAAAAAUGAACAAAAUAAUGUUCAUUUUUACCCUGUAUGUGAAUGCAACAUGUAUGUGAAUGCAACAAAAAUAAAAAAAAUGGGGGGGGGGGAAGGAAAAUGAAACAAUUUUAAACCAGUUCAGAGUUACAUUACUAAUAACUGUCAGUUAACUGUCACUUAAGUGUCCUGAUCAAUGUAAGCAAUUCACAUGUCUGAAAAACGCUCCAAAAUAUGUUUUAGGAAAAAACUUUGUGCCAUUUUCCCCUCAAGGGCAAGGUUGUUUUUCUUUUCUUUCUGAAGCAAAUGCAAUUUAAUUUAUCAAUCUUGGCCCAUGAUGGGCAUUACUGCCCUCCCUUGAUGUCCUCUUUUAGCAGCCUGGGAGUAGAGAGGUAUGUCUAUGAUUAUCUCCUUAUUAGAAGUGACUUCCUACAUUUUAUUGGUCAUUUUAGUCUCCAUCAGUUUCCUUGACUCAAACUGUUCAGAAAUACCUCAUUGGACUAUCUUUAUUAAGAUGCUCUGAUGUUGUUAAAACAUCACCCUCAACAUUACUUGACUCUUCCUGUCUCCCAAGUCAGAGUCUUGAAAUCUUUUAGCUCUCUAAAUUCCAAAUUCCAAACCACUUUUUAAAAAUAAAUUAAAACUGUUUGAGAUGCCUACUGGCCACAGUAACAUGCAUGAAAUUUUAUUGCUUGUUCAUACUGUCCUUGUUCAAACCUGGUGUGAUGUUAGCCAAGAACUUGUUUACUAAAAAUAUGACAUACCAGUGUAAACUGAAACUUCAUUGAGAGUCUUGUAUUCUGAAGACACAAUCCAGUCAAAGCUGAGUACUUAUUAAAGCCCAGUGGAAUGGAUGAGAGUUCACUAUAAACCCAACUGUCUUUUUGAAUUCACAGGGUUUUAAAUAUGCUUACUUGUGGUAGACAGAUUGUCUAGGGAGCUCUGAGGAAGAUUCUUUAGAUCAUGAGGAAAAGGUACAGGGAUGUUGAAUGAAAUUUGGCAUUAACAUUUGGAUUCCAUCCGUUUUCAACAAAUUAUGUUUCUAAACUUUCUAACACAACAGCAGGGAAGAGUCAUUCCAAAAGAUAAAGAGAGCCCUCCUCAUAUCCCUUCCCCUCCCCUCUAAUGUGAGCAUUUUUCAGUUACAGCAGAAAUACAUUGAAUAAAUGGUAUAUUUGGAAGGUAUUACAGCCUCUCCUUUGUUUUAUUAUGAAUGUUUUAGUAGGUAGAAUAAAAGGUUUGACUAUCUAGUUCAUGACCAAAAACAGGCCCCUUUCUCCUCUGAUAAAAGUAUGAUAACCCCAGCUAAUGUUGGUUUACAGAAUCAGUAUUGAAUCCCUUCUCUUUUUAUUGAAAUGCGUAUUGAGAGCUUGGUGAUUUUGAAUGCACAUGAUGCCUAUAAAUGCACAUAAAGCCUAUAAGAUGCAGAAAAGCAUUAUUUGUUUUGAGCUUUUGGAAGUUUUAAAAACAAAUAGAAAAAAAACAUGUCUAUAUUUUUCUAUGGUGAAGAAUGUUUAUUGCAUUUUGACCAGACAUAUCAGCCAUAUCAUUUUUCACCUUGUUCUUGUUGUUCUUACCUUGAAAUAAUGGACCAUUAUGAUGAAGUGAGAUUUGAUUUAAGAACAUGUAUGUAAAGUUGUUGUGAAUUGUGGAACUAGAAAAAGCUUUAAUACUUUCUGAUUUUGCACAAUAUUUUUGAAAUCAUUACAUGUGAAGGUAUCACUUACGUGUAAAAUGAAAGUUUCUUCACUCAUCUAGGAAAAUAAACUCCCAGCUGAGAAUUAUUUAAUGCCACAUUCUUUUCAGGGUAAUGGAAAUGUUUGUAGCUGGGUAUGGUACUGGGAAAAAAUGACAAAAUCUUACAUCUUCAUGUCAUGCUUAUUGUGCUUUCUGACUUCAGGUUCAUUAAAAAAAACCUAAUUAAAGCAUUGUGUAUUUAAUAUGCUCAGAAUAACUAUUAUUUCAAACUCUUUCCUUCUAAAAUUAGAAUACACCCUAGAGGCUUUAUCUGCAGAUUCUUGGCUAGAAACUGUUACAUAAAGCCAUCAGAAACAUUAAACCUGUUGAGGUCCUGUUCAAAAUCUGAUCAAGCUGGAAUCAUGAAAAACUGCAUCUAAAGGAAUCAGAGUGCCAAUCAAUGUCAGAUUUUCAUCAGUACAGAGAAGCAUGAGUAAGAGAAACAUGCAGAGGACAAGUGAUUAAUACCAAAGUUCCAGGGAAGACAGGGAUCUGUCAUUGUUUCAAGGAAAACUCACAGUGAUAACUCUGCAACAGUCUGAUGGCAAACUCAUGAGAAUAUGAUGUAUCUUGCUAAAGAUUAACCCAGAAGAUGUAAUGGCACAGUACACCCCCAGGAUUCUGGCCAUGGUUUUUUUUUACUGACAAGUUAGCUUCAUGGGAAAAAACCCACACGAAAUGGGGAAAAAUAAUUUCAAAAUGCACAUAACUCCUUUUAAUCUUACUCAGUGGGAUGAAAACUUCUGACAUUUUUCAUUUUUGAAUGCAAGAAUAAAGUACUCAAAGAUUUACAUCCUUAGUAAUGAGUGGGAAUGAUGUUACUUUACUGGUGCAAACAUAUAAUAUUUACUAGUUAAGUUUUAUUACUUAUUUUCAAAAGGCACUUUAGUGAUAUUUUUCCUUUAAUGACCCUUUGACAAUACUGAGCCUUUGUGUAACCAAAUCAGCAAGUAUGUUGCUGUGUGUGUUGUUUAGUUUGCUUUAAAGGUGUUUCCAACUUGGGGUGACCUUAAGGAGAACUUACCACAGGGUUUUCUUCACACAUUUCUUCAGUGAGGGUUGUCAUUGCCAUCCUCUGAGGCUGAGAGACUGUGACUUGCCCAAGGUCACCUAGUGGGUUUUCAUGGCAAUGUGGAAGUUCAAACACUGCUCUCCAGUGUCAUAAGUUCAAUCAAUGCUCAAACCACUACAUCAUACUGGCUCUCAGUCAACAGGUUUUAGAGUGCAAUGCAAUACAAGUAAUUACCAAUGCAUCAAAUAAUAUAAUGUUAAAUUUUUAAAAGUAUAAAACUAGUGGGGAGUCAUAUAUCCAGACAGAUGUAUCUCACUCAUCCCAUUGAGUAAUGACAGUGAAUUAUUCUCAAAUACUGUAAUGAAUCACAGGAACAAAGUGCUUUUAAAAAGUUACUGAGUUCUGGUUUAAACAUUACAUUAUGCUCUAUCCAUGUAAUUUCAUCCUGGAGAAGGCCUCUCUUGAGGUUUGCAUGCAGGCUGAGUCAUAGCUAAACUACCCCCAAGGUAUGCCUCUUAGAUCAAAGCACAUUGCUUUUUUACAGGUUAGUUUCCAAAGAAGCUGAGCUAUGUGACAAAAGACUUUGUCAUUUGAUCUAACACAUUCGACAUGUAGAUAGAUUAAUUGCUAAUAAUAACUUUGCUUAGAAAACCCCAGUACUGAUGUGGCGGCCAAAACAGAGGUGAACUGAGAUCAGAACGUGUAUGUGUUUGCGUGCUUAGAGUAAAAUACCUUGUUAAUCCAAGGCCUUGGGGAACUGAACAGCUUAAGUAGCUGAGAAACAAUGCUUAAUGCUGCUUUGGUUUGACUGCCAUCUUUCAAAAUAAAUUAAAAUGAGCUGCUUUAUACAAUUCAGUUCUAUCUCUGUCCAAUCCACAGCUGUCCCCAAUAGGACAUACAUAAAUCCUCUACCCUGGUUGAUGUUGGAUCCUAUUUGGGGGAGAGAAAGUGCUGUGCUGUUCUCUCAGCAGUAGAACAUUGGUUAUGCAAAAUCUCUCUGGGUUUUGUGUUUUUUAAAUGUACAAUUUUUUGGUGUUGUACAAUUUUUUGGUGUUUGGAGCAUGUACACACUAUUUGAAUAUCAAGGGUAGACACCCAUUGAGAUAGCAAAGUUUUUUCUGAAAUUUUAAAAUAUAUUAUUGACUGCACAAUAGCUAAUGUUCUCUGGAUGGUAUACGAUAUAUAUGAAAUUAUAAAAUACAAAUAAUGAAACACAUGAUAAAGCCAGAAGCAAAGACUAAAAGCACAAUAACAUAUGUAUUGCCUCAGUUAGGCCGUCUAGUUUUGGAUUAACCAGAAUUUUGAGACUGUUUUCAAAGGAAACCCAUACGCAAUAAAUUGCAGUAAUUCAAACCAAAGUUUACUAGAGCAAAAAUAACGUUUCCAAGAUAAUUUAUGUAUAUGUAGGGCAAUAGCUGGUAUAUUAACCUAAGCCACUAAGAGUGGUUCUGUGUUACUGAAGGCACCUGUGCCUUUAGUAAAAAUGCUGGAUCUAAUUCACACUAGUGUUUUUGUGCCAAGUAGAUCAGGAGAGAUUUGAUUAUGCAAUACCGAAUCAAAGUUCCUACUACAUUUACUCUGAUCGAAUCUCUCCAUGGCAGUUUAACCCUGUUGAAGUUCACAUUACCAUUUCUAUCAGUUUAAAAUGGAGCCAAAUUUAGACUGUUCUCAUUUUUUAUAGUGUCAAUCAAAUGAUGUGCAUCUACGUCACACUAUUUGGGAGAAUUCCCCCCACCCAUCAGCCUCAGAGGAUGGCAGUGGCAAGCCCCUCAGAACGACCCUUAGCAAGAAACCCUGGAAUAGGUUAGCCUUAGGGGGGGUCAUACUCUCUCAGCCAAGAAACCCCCAUGGGUUUAAAUGCAAUAUACAGUGCGCCCACAUCAUAUGUGGGAGUGCCAUAUGCGGGUUCCAGCAUAUGCUGGAAGCCACGCCGGAAAGACUUCACCCAUGCCCCAGAAGAUGCAAUGGGGCAUGUGCCCCAUGACGCGCCAGGUACAUGCCAUGAGAACAAGCCCCAUUGUUUCUAAUGGGGCUUGAGUUUACAUGGCGGGGUCUGGAACAGCUUCCCCACGUAAGGAAAAGAGCCAACUGUAUUGCACCAGUUUGGGAGCAGAGUCUAUUGUGGUCUUACUUCUUGGGAAAGAGGAACAAAUGACCCCUAACCCCCAGCCCCACUGAUAGUUUUUUUUUAAAAAAAAAUUCAAGCAAAUCAUGUGCACAAUUGUCCAACUGAUGACGCGAGUAUUUAAAAGUGUUGUCUACUGUGGCCAUGCAAUAGCAAAGAUGUGCAUAAACUGUCAGAUUUUUUUUUAAAGUAUACUGCCUAAUGAUGUUCCCAGGAGAACCCCCUCCCUAACUUUUACUUUGGUUUUGGCUGCCAGGGAGAGAGCAAGGGGGUGAGCAUGAUCUGCCCUCUACACAUUAACCCAUCCCUUCCUAUGCUCUGAAUUGAAUCAACAGCAAGUUCCCAUUGGCAGCUGGUAAAAAAACCAGUUCUUUUUGAAAAGAUGCACUGAAAUCCCUGGCUCCAAAAGAACUGGGUUAAGAGAGAUUUGUGAUUCCCUCCCCCCUCCCCCUGGAAUUUGGGUCAGGAAAAACUAGCGCAAGUGUGAAUGACCCCCCUUUUAAGCGGGUUUGCAAACCAGUUUGUAAGGUAGUGUGAACAACCCCUAAGUCUUAAGAUUCUGCCCAAGCUAUGCAUGUUUAGAGCGUCUGCAUUUCUGAGUCAUGUUUCAACAAAAACGUUUAUUUAAUUAGACUUCUUUCAUAGUUUUGUACAGAGUGAAAAUGGUUCUUUUGCAACAAAUACAUUUUGCCAGGCUCUUUAUUGAUGCACAAUAACUAGAUCUCUCUUCCAAAAUGUCCUAUAAUUCCCUUCAUCUUUUUUCAGAGGCAUAAGCAAAUAAUAAAGCUAUGUCAAUGCGUGUCACUUUAUACAAAUAAAAAUCUCUCCAGACUUGAUCAGCUCCUGAAAUUGUUUAAUUUCUAGUAAAACAAAAUGCCUCACUUAAAGGUAAUGAUACCCAAGCUUCAUUCCUUAUCUGAUCUAUAGAUUUAAUCCCUACAUUCAAAAUAUAUCCUUACACCAAUAAUCAUUAUUCUGAUGUCACAAAUACAGCUAAUCAAGCUGCCAAACCUAUAAUGUCAGAUUGUCAAAGAUAACAAUGAGAUAUUUGAACUUAUUUUGGAUGUAUGCUUCCUUCAAGUAUUCACUGUUUGUCCAGGUAACAAUUUUAACGCACACAUUUUGUCAAAGAAAGGCUAUCUUACAGUGAAGCUAACCAGUCUUCUUGUAUGAAAUAGUUCUUAACAGCACUUAUUUUUCUACAACCACAAUCCCAUCCACAGUAAUCAAGCAGCAAGAUGAAUUCAUUUGAAUUGUGGUGCUGGAGAAGAGGAUUAUGGAUACUGUGGUCUGCUAAAAAGACAAAUAAAUGGCUAUUAGAGCAAAUGAAGCCUGAAUUCUCUGUAGAAGACAAGGGCGGGAUACAGAAGGGCAAAAAGGGGUGUGUUCAU